GGUAAUCAACCCUGAAUCCUAAUUGUAUAAAACACUUACUUAAUUCAGUCUAAAUUCAACUUAAUCCUGCCUGCAUGUAUUUUAGCUCAUCGUCUCUCAAACACACUGCCUUGAACGCACUCUCUCUUUCUCUAUCUCUAUCCAGCACCCUGUGGUCUGUUGAGCUGGUUGUACGGCCUUGUUUCUCUCUUCCAUUUCUUACAGACUGAACUAUGAAUGCACCCCUGGCCUGUGGCAGUGGCGGGCACCUCUUAACGAGGCUGCUGUACCCUAUUCUAUAGUAUGCAGAACUGUCUUGGUCAUCUCUCUCUCUCAAGUGUCUUGUUUCAUAUCGUCUCAACAUUAUGACAUCACAGCGGCGCCAGUCAGUGCGCAACAGGCUGAGAGAGAUUGUGGGAGCGUCCACUAACUGGAGAGACCACCAGCAGGCGUUAGCUGACCGUUUGUCAUUGUCCAAUCAGCUGGCUGGUUCUCAGGAUGAGCUUCCUGUCCGCAGGAUGAAGGACAGCUACAUAGAGGCCCACCUUCCCCUAGGCACAGACCCUACCCUUAGAGAGAAAUACCUCAACUACCUCAAAGGUGUCAGGUUUGGCCGUAUCCUGGAGGAUCUGGACAGUCUAGCAGUGUUGAUCUGUUACUCUCACACCCAUAACAAGACACUUCAGAGAUCUCCUCUGUCCAUCGUCACUGCCCUGGUGGAUAAGAUAGACAUGAGGAAACAAAUCAUCCACCCUGACUGUGACAUCAAGUUCACUGGUCACGUGACCUGGGUGGGGAAGACCUCCAUUGAAGCCAAGAUGCACAUGUCUCAGUACCACGGUGGGGCCUACACUCCAGUUCUGGACGCUACGUUUGUUAUGGUGGCCAGAGACCCUGAGAACAAGAGGGCAGCGUUUGUUAACCCUCUGAAGCCAGAGGGAAUUGAGGAGGAGAAACUGUUUCAGCAGGGAGAGAUCAAUAAGACGCGUCGUAUAGAGCUGAGUACAGCGUCUCUACUAAAGGUGGCCCCUACUGCUGAGGAGAGGAAGAUCGUACACAGCCUGUUCCUCAACACCCUGGACAGCAAGACAGUGAGUUUCCGUAGCAGAGUUCUGCCUCCUAACUCAGUAUGGAUGGAGGAUGCCAAAGUCAAAGGACUGGAGAUCUGCCAUCCACAGGAGAGGAACAUCUUUAACAGGAUCUUUGGAGGGUUUCUGAUGAGGAAAGCUUACGAGCUGGGCUGGGCUAACGCAUGUGUCUACGGGGGGUGUCGGCCUAACUUGGUUGCCGUGGACGAUAUCCUCUUCCGGAAGCCAGUAGAGAUUGGCUCCCUACUCCUGCUCUCAUCACAGGUGUGUUACACAGAGGGAAAGUACAUCCAGGUCAGAGUUCAUACAGAGGUUCUUGACCCCAUGACCCGGCAGCACAACACCACUAAUGUCUUCCACUUCACCUUCGCCACAGACAAAGACGUCCCCAACAUAGUGCCACAGAGCUACGGCGAGUCCAUGUUGUACCUGGAUGGAAAGAGACACUUUAACCAGACCCUGGAGUCUCAGUGAGACGUGAUGAACACUGACGAAACCUGACCCAACACAACAACUACCUGCUAAAGCCUUAGUGUCCAGCCACCGCACCCGCACUCCUUACCGUACGGUGUGUGUGUGUGUAUGUGUGUGUGUGUGUCUAUUU